AUGUCUGCCACUCACCCAGCAGUUGUGACGGUCGGUGUAGGGCAGCCUCUCGAGAUCCACCAGGUGCCGACCAUCGCACCAGAAGCGAACGAAGUGCGCAUCCGAGUCGAAUGGACGGUUUCCACGCCGCUGGACCUGCAUCAGGCAGAUGGAGGUCUUUUGGUCAAUCCACCACAUAUCCUUGGUUCGAGCGUGGCUGGAACGGUGCUGGAAGUCGGACCCGACACAACACGGCUGAGGCCGGGUGAUCGGGUCUUCGGUUACACUUUUCGACAGAAAAAGGAACGCGCCCAUCAGCUAUAUGUCACGACGCCAGAAACAAUGCUGGGGAAACUCUCUGCGACUGGAGGGUUUGACAUUCGACAGGCGGUCGUUACUUGUAAUAACUUUGUUUCUGCCUGGCAUACCCUCACGCAUGAUUUCGGAUUCGAGUUCCCCUGGCCGAAGCCCUCGGGAUUCGUGCCUCGAGAGCUGAACGACUGGAUCCUGAUUUGGGGUGGAGGAACCAGUGUCGGUCAGUAUUGCCUGCAGCUGUUGAAGUGGUACGGAUAUAAAAAGGUGCUUGUCACGGCCAGUAAGCAUCAUCAUGAGAAGCUGCGGCGGUAUGGCGCUCGGCAAUGCUUUGAUUACAGAGAAGGAGGCACUGCACAGAGGAUAUUGGAGGCAGUCCAGAGUGUUAUAACCGGGGACACGCCUGUGGUACCGUUCAUCCUAGACUGUGUUGGCAGCCAACAGAAGAGUCUGUUGCCAAUCGCCGUAAUCGCUCAGUCAAGAGCAAUUGUUGCGGUGAUGCUGCCUGUCAUUGUCCGUGACGCUGCAGUAGAUGUCACACCGGAGUAUCUGAUGGAUGUUGAAAAGGCGGUCACCUGGCAGGACGGGGUGAAAGCCGUUGGGGUGAGGACUCAUUUCUAUCAGAAGAAUGAGUUUCUGGCCCAGAACUUACAAUCGGUUGUCAUGCCUGAAGCAUUAGCAUUCGGCACAAUCGAACCCAAUGAGUACCUCGAGGUGGGAGGCGCCAACCUGCUCGAAAGAGCAACGAAUGCCUUAUCUAAGCUGAGGAGUAAGGAAGUCAGUGGUGCUAGGUUGAUCUGGCGUGUAGCAGAGCCCGAGACCUAG